CGAGGGUCCCGGGCCCCUGCUCGGGGGCGGCCGCAGCUGGGGAUGCUCCUGGCCGUGGCCGUGGCCGUGGCCGUGGCCGUGGCCGUGGGGCUGCCCGUCGUCCCCGCGCUGCGGCACCGGCUGCUGCGCUGGGCUCUGUGCCGAGCCGCGGGUCGGUACCGGCGGCGGCUGGAGGUGCUGAGCGGCGACGUGUGUCCGAGCCAGGAGCGGCGGCUGCGGCGGCUGCAGCCCCCCGGCACGGCCGGCGGCUCCGAGGAUUUCCGACGGCGUCACGCCCUGGGGCGGCGUCACCCUGAUGCGGAGCAGGAGCCGGGCUGGGGGAAGGUCCCCCCGCUGCGGCCGUGGGCUCUGCUCUGCAGCUGCUGGGGCACCGACCCCCCGCUGCAGGGGUCCCUGCUCUACUUGGACACCCUCCAUGCUGCCUUCCCACAGGCUCUGGCCCCCGGGGGCACAGCCUUGCUCUCCUGGGGGGCCGGUGCCCCCCGUGCCCCGGCAGGCUGGCCCCUGCCCACGCUGUACUGCACCCCGGCCGAGGCGGGGGCCGUGGCCUCGCGGGCUGCCGCGCUGCGGGUCCAGCUGCUCUUUGCCCUACGGGAACGUGCCCUGCGUGUGCUGGAAGCCGGGCUGCCCACUGAGCUGCACGAUGCUCUGGCGACCCUACGCACCAGCUGGCCCGGGCUGGCCCAGGACCUGGCGCUGGGCAAGCUGAGCCCCCAGCCCGGGCUGCCUGAGGACACGCGGGGCCGGCUGCAGGCGUUGCUGGCCCCCGAUGCCGCCCGGGCGGCCGAGCUCCGGGCCGAGUGCGGCCGCGGCUUCGAGGGCAUCGUGCAGCGGCUGUGGCCUCAGCUGCAGGUGGUGGUGGUGCGGUCGGCACAUGGAGCAGAGCAGCUCUACUGCGAUGCCCUCUGCCAGGCCGACUGCAAGGGGCUGCCCUUCUACUGUCCCUUCUACCAGGCAGCGGGAGCCCUGCUUGGUGUGAACUUGUGGCCAGAGGAGCCAGUGCCCCGAUUCCUCCUGUGCCCUGACUGGGCUUUCUACGAGUUCCUGCCCUGUCCAGCCGAGGAGGAGCCCCAGACGGUGCUGCUGGGCGAGCUCUGGGAGGGACGCGAGUACGGGCUGGUCCUGACAGCUCACCCUGGAGACUACAGGUGCCGUGCUGGGGAGGUGCUGAGAGUGGCUGGAUUCCACAAGCAGUGUCCCGUGGUGGAGCCUGUGCGCAGGGAGAGCCAGGUGCUGAGCGUGCGAGGCGAGAGCAUCCCGGAGGAGCGGUUCUACCGGAGCCUGUGCCGCGCCGUGGGCAUGUGGCCAGGCGCUCGCCUGGUCGACUACGUCUGUGUGGAGAGUGCCUUGCUGGGUGCCUCUUCGGGGGCCUGUGCCCCGCAUUAUGAGGUGUUCGUGGAGCUGCGGGGCCUGCGGGACCUGUCAGAGGGGCAGCGCUACAAGCUGGACCAGUGUCUCCAGGAGGAUUUCCCCAUCUAUAAGUCCUUCCGCUUCAAGGGCAGCAUCGGGCCGCUGCGGCUGCACCUGGUGGGGGCUGGGGCCUUCCCCCGGCUGCGAGAGGCGCUGGGCUCCCCCCUCCCCAUGCCCAGGGUGCUGCGGGAGGAGCGGCUGCUGCAGCUCAUCCAGGGCACCGUCAUCUCCUAGGGCAGCCCCCAGCCCUGCUGCCCCCGCGGGCUUGCUUGGUGUGUGCUCUCUGGGGAGGGAGUGGGGCUGAGUCCAUGGUGAGGGGCACAGGGGUGCAGGUGCCCAGCCCUAGGGGGGAUUUGGCUGAGCAGAGCAGAUGGAACCAGCGAGCUCAGCCGUGCCACUGCCUUGUGGUGGCAGCGGGUGCUGGUGGGUGCUGCCCGUGGGGAUGCAGCAAGACGUGCAGCACACCCCAGCCAGCAGACCUGGCCCUUUGCUGGGCUGUUCUCGGUGCAGGAUGGGACCGUGGGCACUUGUGAGUGCCAUGGGGCAGCUGGGUGCUGUCACUGGUGGCCACGUCUCACCCUGCUCUGCCCAGUGCCUUGGCAGUGCCCUCAUGCAGCCACAGCAGAGUGGGUGCCUGUGCCUUUCCCAAGGGACACCUCGAUUGUCACAACCUGUGACCAGUGCAGGAGGAACAGGCAAAACCUCCCUGGGAGCAGGAGGAGCAGCGGAGCAUCGUGCCCAUGCAGGAGCUCAGCUCAUCCACACACUGAGCUCCAGGGCUGUGUGUUUUCCCCUCGGCAGGGCUGCCAUAGGCAGAGCGUGGGGUAGCCAGUGGUGGCAAGUGCUGUCUGCUGCGGAGCAGCUCCUCCUCCAGGCUGCAGCACACGUUGCUGGGUUAGGGAACAAUGAGCUCCAGCGAGAGCUGCUUUUAAUGUUCAAGAAAAAAACAACCCAGAAGCAAGAAAAAAGGGGAUUAUCUCUCCAAAAUAAAGAAAGGGCAGCGCUCUGGGAUCGAUUUUUUUAUAUAUAUAUAUAUACACACUAUUAUUUUUAAUCCCCCAUUAAAGAGGUUUCUUGCUGACA